AUGUUAUUUAGGGUCUCGACGCUUCAGAAACACACCAAACAUGGAGCUGUUCUGGUGGUCGCUGGGAUUGUUUUGCUCUGUCUGGUAAGAAGGCAUCUACAAAUUUGGUUAUUUAUUGUGUGAAAUUUUAGGUCUCCCUUCAAAUGUGGAUCCUAGACAACGAAGUUGAGCAACAGAGGAAUCCGAUUGAUGUUUUUGUGGCUUCAGUCCAUGCCGCCAAUUUUAAUAAGUAAGGGAUUACUAGGUCAGUGGCGAAAUGAUCAUACCGUCUAAGGAAGAUGUAUCUUCCCAUGGCGUCGUGACUCUUGCGGGCGAUCACCACCAUUUACCGAUUAGAAUUACGAUUUUUUUCCGCAAUCAAUAGGGUUUGCUGAAUUUUGAACUCUAUUGAUGCAAAACAUGUUUUUCUAUUUAUAUCAGUCUGUUGGGAAAAUAGUGACGGAUCGUUGCAGCAAAAUAUUUCUCUUCAUCGAAAAAGGGGUCCAUUGGCGCGCCAAUUUGCAACGUGUUAGAAAUUUACUUGCCCUUUUUCAACGUCAGCUCUAUCGAAAACCCCGAAUGAACCCGGCAUUUAUUUCUUGAUGAUUUUCAACUGAAAAACACUGGGUUUUCGGGGCAGAAAUGCCCCUACUUCAGAAGGUCGUAACGAUCUCCGUUUGCAGUUUAAGAUGUUGAUAUUACAUAGACUAAAGUUAAUGUCGCUUAAAAAUACAUAUUCCAAAAACGAAGCCUCUGCGCCACCUCCGCCGGAAGUUAUAGCCUCCGACUUUCCUUCACGUUUCUCGAAAGACCCUGUAUUUUAUUGACGUGUAGUUUAGCGAUUACACAUAUUCGGAGAAUUGUGCUUUAAUCUCUGGCAGAUUGCAUUACAAUUCUUUAAAAAAAAAAGCCUUUUGGAUCUUCUAUAAAAUAAAAAUUCUGCUUUAGUCUCUUGCGGCCCUACGCCGUGUUUCUCAACACAAUGCUGCCGGAUACACCCCGCUACGAGUGGAGACGACGUCAGCAGCUGAGCUUCAGAUGUGUCAGCGAUAAGAAUGAAGUGGCUGAUGCAGAAUACCGAGACUCUGAUGGCGGAACGGACUGUUCUUGGAAAAAUUAUUACUUUGUUUGCGAAUUCACAAAACCGGCUUUGUCCGUUCGGCUGGUCGAUCAGGAAGGGUUUGGGCCGAGAGUAAGUACAAUGUAGCUUAGAGAAAAACGGAAUUAUUUACUAUUUUGACUGCGAUUGAAAACAUUUGUGAUUCAGUCAGACAUCCCCAAAUGAUGGUCUAAAAACUUUGGCCGUGCAUUGGCACUUUGAUCACCGAACCUAUUCGCAAAAAAUAUCAAUUUCGAUUUUGCCCCUGCAAAGGGCAAGCCAAAAAUCCCGUAUUUUAAUGCAUGGCCCAGGAAGACUACGCAAGCAAACCUCUGCCCAAAUAAAACCCUGCAUGCACAAACUCAACCACCUUUCAUUGAUGACUUUAGGUCCUAGUCAAACAACCAGUCACCGGCAAAAUCCCUCUGGUCGCUUGCCUCUCCCGAACCUUUUACUACGAGAACUGGCAGGUAAUGUUGACCGUUCUGGAGAUGUACAAAGCGAUGGGAGUUUCCGAAUUCUCCAUUCAUAUUCUCAACAUUGUCAAAGAGGUCUACGACAUCCUAAAACUAUAUGAAGAUGAGAUAAAUUUGAAAAUCCACCCGGGAUUUUUGAUUCCAAAGAUCCGUGGGCGCUUUGAGAAUCCGAAUUUCCAGACCGAGACGAUGAAUCAGAUCAUGUGCUACAACGACUGUCUUUACAAUUACCGCGAAGCCGCUGACUUUCUGAUCUUCACGGAUAUGGAUGACUUGAUAAUCCCCGAAAACGGAGAUUUGCUGUCGAAAGCGCGCCAAUUCCUACAACGGUUUCCGCUGGCGGCGUCGAUGGAAUUCGCGUGGACGACCUCCAAUUUCAACGGAGGUAGGUGGAGGUGUGGAGCGGGGAAAUUGAAAAGGUAGCAGGGUAACCGUGGAGGGAUUGAAGAAAAGAAGAAAUAUUGCAAAAUGCCUAUAUGUGGAUGAAAUUAAGUCUAAGUUUAUAGGCAAUGUAUGCUAUGUGAAUAGCUGCAAUUAUGGUGAAAUUUGGGGCUAAGAAAUUUUUAUAUGUAACAGUAUGCAGUAAUUUGAAGGUCAUGGUACAUGGCCUUACACUAUUUACAGUAGGUCGUAAAAAUUUGAAACCAGUCGGACAGCACGACAACUCAAAACAUAGCAAAAAUGUCUUCCUCCCAUUCGUGACUUUCGACCAAACGAAGUGCCGCAAGCCCAAAAAAACAAAAUCAUUUCGUAAAAAAAUGUUUUUCGUAAAACCCCCAUGAAAAAUUCAUUUUUGACAUUUCGUUUGACUACAACCGAUAAUGAGUGGGCGAAGUGCCGAAACGGGGCCGGCCUGGGUUGCCGUGGACCGCGGCAGUCUGGGAGUUUAAAAAAAUCAGGCUGUCGGGAAAAUAACGAGCACAAUGUCGUGGCGCCACAUUGUGCUCCGUACAUGAAAGUUUCCGUAUAUUUAUAAUGAAUCGCUACACACUAUAAAUUAUUUCUUCCUUUGAAAAAGUCCUUCUAGUCCCGCAUCCCAAUCAGUUCUCCAUCCCCCGCCUUCUCAGCGGCGUCACCAAUCACGUCGAAGCUUACGGAAAAUCAAUUGUUAUUCCGAAGCGAAUGCUGAGAGCCAUCAUUCACAACACCGAAUUUUACACAGCCAGAAUCAGGGGAUAUACGAAUGUGAAUGCAAACCAGACUGCCGGGCAUGGAUUGACAUUGCAUAUGAGGGAAAUGGUCAUGAUGUCUUUCAAUGAGAGUCUGGAGAACGAUCGCAGUAUUGAUCAAGUAAAUCUGGAUGUGGUUAACUUAGACGCCAUGAAGAGGGCUGAUAAGGCGUUCAGGAAGAGGAUGAAUGGGAAGUUUAAGGAUGUAAGUCCAAGUCAUCACUUUUUAGGGUAAAGCAAAACUAGCUGCUAUCACAGUGACGGACUUGAUCCAAUGGCAAAAUACCUAACUUUUUGGGAAGUAUCAAAAAAUGCGGCAAAAUGCCUCCAUUUCUUACUAAAAAACUCCCGUUUGUAGAGCGCGACCCGUUUUUUUUACUUCGAAGGGGAGGUAUUUUGCUACAUUUUUUGAUACUUCCGGAUGCCAGUUGGUACGUUUUUUACCACUGGAUUAGAUCCGCCAUUGUAUGUAGAUUCAAACCUUGCCUGCGCUGUGCAGAAACGAAACAAAUUUUUUGACCGAAUGCUGGGAAAAGUGACGUUUUUUUGCGAAUUUUGGCAUGAGGAGGUAGAUACCUAUAUAGUUCUUCUGUAGAGCGUCAUGAAUCUGCAAAAAAAAUCUAUUUUUUCUACGGGAAACCGGCAAUUAUACGACCACAUCUUUUUUUCUGUAACCGUUCUCCACGUUUUGCGUGCUCUCUCGGCCAAAAAAAUUGUUCAGAAUUCUUGUAAGGCGCGAGCUUAGAUUUUCAGAGCAUUAAUAAGUGUCCUGUACCCGAAGUAUGUGCAAAAUGUAAAAAAAUCUGGACGUCAUACCAAGGGACCUUCCUUAUUAGAGUAUCAUACCUAUACGCUUCCUUUCAGACCUUCAACGCCCUCCCUCACAGUCUCUUUUUUACCCCACAACUCCGACAAUGUUAUAUUGAUAUUACUGCCACUCGACAUAAAGGCGCCAAUCUCUGCGCCAGCAUCAAUAACUGCAAAAUUGAUUACGAAAACAGUCCUGGUUGUGCGACUGUCUCCGCAGAAGAUGAAGCAUACAUCAACGGGAAAGUAAACUUUUACGUGCAGCGCAACCUGCGAAUACUGGAGAAAGCCAACUGUAAACUUCCUUUGGGUAGACCGGUGAUUUUCGAGCGAUGAAGAGCUUAUGAAUUUGAGUUUAUUGUGGGCUACGAGUAAUAAUACACUAAAAAUUGAGCUUAUUUCAUUCUUCAAGAUGUCAUAAUGAUAUUAACAGAAAUAAUAAUGCAUAAUCAUAUUAAUAAUAAUAAAAAAAUAAUAAAUUCAUGAAAAAGAUACUACAGAGUUGGAUCUUGGAGCUCAACAAAUUUGUUCGAAGUACACUGUUAGCCAGGCUGUCUAAUAGAAAGCGUAGUAAGGCCUAGGAAUAUUAAUAUUACUCUUUAUUCCAGAGGUCUGCUCUGCACCCCUACAUCUCUCUCUCUCUCUGUUUCUUCGGGGAGCCGGCGGCGAGUUCGGGUCAGACGUCGGGGAGACUCCGCCUUCUCUUUCGAUCCGGCUUUGUCCGCCGCGACACUGCCAAUUUGGAUUACAUGUCAUAG